AUGGCAUCCUCCUCACCCCCUUCGAACAGCAAGAACGUCUUUCGUCUUCACGGCGUCAACGUCCUCAACAAGAACGAUGUCGAUUCCAUCGCCCGCCUCACCGCGCUCGAGAAACGUCGAGCAGCUCAUAUCGUCGAUGAGCGUCAACGUCGUGACACAAUGAAUCAGCUCAUGGCCGAGCUUGGUCAUCUCGCUGAAGGCUCUGCGGCCGAGGUUCAGGCUCAGCUGGAGCUCGAGCAUUCGAUCCCCAAUCCUGAUGGUUCCGAGAAGCGAGCCAUCGUUAAGUCCAACGCGAUCACAACCCUCCGCAACGCCAUUGCCGAGAUCCACCGCCUCCGCAGCGAGGUUGGCCUCAAGAGACUGGUAUCGUAUAAGGAGGUCCUUGUCUCAUACCGGUCCUCUCCCUCGUCUGGAUCGUCACCCUCACGGCGGAACAAACGCCCAGAGGCAGAUCAGUUUACAUCCACGCCAAUGUCGACUCCUCCACCGUACAACCCGCAGUACCACCAUAACCAACCUUAUCGUCACGGGUUCUACUUCGUCCUCUUCUUCUUCCUCUCCAUCUUCCCACAAUUUGCCACAGCAGCGGCCAAACCUUCAUCAACGCCAACAGCCGGAUCGUCAGCGCAUCUACCUGCCAUGGUGCAGCCAUUUGGCCUCUUCCUAUCCUCCACUGAGGCCUAUUCCUCCCACGACGGCCGUUCCUCAACCUCAGCCUCAACUUCAGCUUCAGAUAUACCCUCACAACCCAGAGGAUAA